CGGAAAUCAACUGCAAGCGGUGCGCCGGUCCUCUUCCUGACUGAGAGGGGUAUCGCAAGGAUAAACGACCAAGAUCAACAUGUUCGCCGGACUAUUGGAUGCCGCACGGAAUUCACCGUUCCGCACACCCUUCACCCGGGUGCAGUGCGAUGAUGGAAGUAGCGCCACCGAAAAGGCCGUAGUGCCAGGACGUACCAUUCAGGCUGCGGCAAGUCGCGAGGUGGAAUUCGGCUCUAAUGAAUUCUUCGGUCUGUGUGCGGUCGGUGGUAUCCUGUCGUGCGGCAUCACCCAUACUGCCGUCGUGCCACUCGAUCUGGUCAAAUGCCGUCUGCAGGUGGACCCGGCAAAGUACAAAAAUCUGUUCCACGGAUUCAAGGUGACCAUCGCAGAGGAGGGCGCUCGUGGUUUGGCUAAAGGAUGGGCUCCAACUUUCUUCGGAUACUCGGCGCAGGGAGCCUUCAAGUUCGGCCUGUACGAGGUGUUUAAAAUUCAGUACGCCAAUAUGAUCGGCGAAGAAAAUGCUUAUCUGUAUCGUACCUGGUUGUAUCUGGGCGCUUCAGCUUCAGCUGAGUUCUUUGCCGAUAUCGCACUGGCCCCGCUGGAGGCGGCCAAGGUGAAGAUCCAGACCAUGCCGGGCUUUGCCAACACGAUGCGUCAAGCCAUGCCGAAGAUGAUGGGCGAAGAAGGCGUGAUGGCUUUCUACAAGGGCUUGGUUCCGUUGUGGUGCCGUCAGAUUCCGUACACGAUGAUGAAGUUCGCCUGCUUCGAAAAGACCGUCGAACUGCUGUACAAGCACGUUGUACCGAAGCCACGUGACCAGUGCUCGAAGGGUGAACAGCUGGUGGUGACGUUCGCCGCCGGUUACAUUGCCGGUGUGUUCUGCGCCGUGGUGUCCCAUCCGGCCGAUGUGGUCGUGUCCAAGCUGAACCAGGCCAAGGGAUCGUCCGCCUUCGAUGUCGCGAAGCAGCUCGGCUUCAUGGGCAUGUGGAAUGGACUAACGCCGCGUAUCAUCAUGAUUGGUACCCUGACCGCCCUGCAGUGGUUCAUCUAUGACGGUGUGAAGGUCGCUCUGUCCAUCCCCCGCCCACCUCCGCCAGAGAUGCCGGAGUCGCUGAAGAAGAAGUUGAACGUCGAAUAAUUCUAACGGAUCCGGAGACAACCGUUCUGUGAUGGUGCAUAUAGUUGGUGUUCGCGCUCGUUGGAAUAGAGAAAGAAGGAGGCAGUCGAUCGUGCCUAGCGAAGAUGUGCGCGGAGUGUGUAAAUGGUUGACAAAAAGAAGUGCCAGAGGUGCGUUUAAAAACUUGGGGGCUCCCAACCUUCGCCGAGCUUGCUAUACGGCCGUUUUGAUAUUUUGCAGUAACACAAGGUAGCAGUUAUUGAAACGUGUAGACAAGCAAUGUGGUUAAUGCAAUCGAGCAAGUUUUAAAGUCACGAGAUCGAAGGAGCAUGUGUAACCGUGAAUUUAAAUGUCAACAGUCAGGCUUGUUGGUGACCCUGUAGGACGCGUGCGUGUGUUUAGUUUUCCACCAUGUAAUUGAGCGUUUUCAUCCUGUGCGAAAGCAUCAUCGUGAAUAAAUCCCUGAACCGUA